AUGGCUUCGGCUGCUCGAUCUACGUCCCGCGCUUUCCUGCGCUCGACCCCGGCCACCUCUUCGGUCCGCCCUGCCGCGCGCUCAGCUCGUUUCGCUCUCCCCGCCCAGGUCCGCGCCUCCACUCGCCGCGGAUAUGCCUCUGAGGCUGGUUCUGGCAAGUCCUCAUCCUUCGGUGUCUGGGGAAUCGGUCUCUCCGUCGCCGCUGGUGCCGGUGCCUACUUCUACCUGAACGGAGGAGAAGCCAUCCCCAAGGGGCCUUUCGUCCCCACCCAGGCCGACUACCAGAAGGUGUACGAUGCCAUUGCUCUUCGCCUCGCCAACGAGACCGACUAUGAUGAUGGCAGCUAUGGCCCGGUCCUGGUUCGUCUCGCCUGGCACGCCAGCGGCACCUAUGAUAAGGCUACCGGUACUGGUGGCAGCAACGGUGCCACCAUGAGAUUCGCCCCGGAGUCUGACCACGGCGCCAACGCUGGUCUCAAGCACGCUCGCGAUUUCCUCGAGCCCAUCAAGACCCAGUUCCCCUGGAUCACAUACUCCGACUUGUGGACCCUGGCUGGUUCCGCCGCCAUUCAGGAGUUGGGUGGUCCUACCAUCCCCUGGAGACCCGGCCGUGCUGACCGUGAUGUCGCUGCCUGCACACCUGACGGCCGUCUCCCCGAUGCCUCCAAGGGCCACAGUCACAUCCGUGAGAUCUUCGGCCGCAUGGGCUUCGAUGACCGCGAGAUGGUUGCCCUGUCUGGUGCUCACUCCCUGGGUCGUGCCCACACCGACCGCUCUGGUUUCGAUGGUCCCUGGGACUUCAGCCCUACCGUGUUCACUAACGAGUUCUACCGUCUUCUCGUUGAGGAGAAGUGGAACAAGCGCAAGUGGAACGGCCCCGCUCAGUUCACUGACAAGGGUACCUCCACUCUGAUGAUGCUGCCCACUGAUCUUGCUUUGGUCAACGACAAGGCUUUCAAGCAGCAUGUUGUGCGCUAUGCCAAGGACAGCGAUGUCUUCUUCAAGGAGUUCUCUGACGUGUUUGUCAAGCUUCUUGAGCUGGGUGUUCCUUUCGAGAGCAAGCCCGAGGAUCGCUUUGUCUUCAAGACCUCUGAGUAA